AAUUUUCAGGAUAUGAAUUUCUGUAUUAGUGAACAGAAAAAAUCAAGCUCCUUUCAACAUGAACAUGUAAGAAAGAGUGUGCUGACAUCAAUAGAGGAGUAAAUUGUAAACCACUGAGGGACCACAUUCGCAAAGAGUUUUGAACGUGCGCUACCGUCGACUACGCAAGUGGUAUAUCUUUGAACUAAGCUACAUACGGUCUAUCUUUUGCGUGAGUGCUUUCCCUAAUCAUCUGGCAACGCCAUUUUCUUUCGUGCGUUUGUGUAAGCUACUGAUUAUCUGUAUUGGAAGAUGGCCGACUCGGUGCAGAGGCUUGCGAAACCGCAGCUUCGUGGAUUGUUGAAUUCCUCGAUUAAAAAGAACUUGUCAGUUGCAAUUGUUCUUUCCAUCAUUUCGGGAAUCGCCUGGAAAGUCGGAGUUUGCGAUGUUCGCAAGAAGCUAUAUGCGGACUUCUACAGGACAUAUGAUGCAGAAGCAGACUUCCAGAGAAUGAAAAAUGCUGGUGUCUUUACCAGCUGUGGACCAAAUGAUGAUUGAAUAUUAUGAAACAAAUUAGUUGUAUUUGUAUAGAUGCAUUUUCUGUAUUAAAUUAAGAUUGUUGAUCAUGUAUUGUGUUUUUAUUCGCUUGCUGGUAUCAUGAAUUGUGUUUAGUGGUGAUUAAACUGGAGACUUGUAUAAAAUCAUGUAUGGUCUUGUAAAUUAUUGAAAUAAAAUUUUGUAGUAUGUCAUCCAAGUGUAAGGAUUC